CAAUAUCAAACGGAAUUAGUACAUUAAACAUUAUCGACGCCUAAAAUAUACAUUGUAAAAGAGAAAAAUGUUCUUCUACAACGGAUAUAAAGUGAUGGAAGCGAGACUUCCAAGUAGAGGAAGGACUAGAGUUGGGGAGGGGAGUACUGAGUGGAAUAAUAGCAUGGAGAUGAGUGAGAGGUCAUGGCUACUUGAACGUUACGAGGGGAGUAAGAAGAAAAUCGAGGAUACAGAUGAACCUUUUGAAUCUUAAUGUGGUUUACGAAUGCAACUGAUUAGUGCCAAGUAAGCAGUUGAAUAAUAGGGUGCGUGGAGGCCAU